GGUGGGGGGAGGGGAGGGGCGGUUCUUGAUGGUGCCUGAGGUGACGUGGGCUUGUGGGCGCUCACCUUGGAGCAUGAGCCUGGGGAGGAGGGUGUAGUUUAGAGGAAGAAGGCGGGGGCCGUCAUGGCUUGAGAUGGUGGCACCGGGGGACACACACUGAGCAACAGGAAGUCUGGCAGGAACUUUGAGAGGCAGCAAGGCUGCUUGGGGCUCUCUGUGUCCUCCCUGGGUACCCCUAGGCCGGUCACUGACGACUGCAUGCCAGGUGCUUACACCAUCCACCUCUGGGCGUCAGGCGCAUUGAGGCACCUUCCAGGAGGGGCUGGUAGCAAUACCCGCGCGCAGCCAGGAAGCUGCAACUCGGUGGGGAGAGGGUGCGGGCAGUUCUGUGGGACCCUGAGCCCUAGAUGCACCAUCAGCUGAGGGUCUUGCCAGCCAUGGGGUGGGGGUGGGGGUGAGCAGGGCUGGGGCAGGGUCAGAGCAAGGACAAAUGAAAGCCAGUACUGAGGGUGGCCCACUGGUGGGCCUCUGCUCUGGGUAGGUGAAAGCAGGGACAGGGCCUGAAGGGGACCCUUGCCCGGUUUCUAUGGGUAGUGAUGCCAGCCACCGAUUUCUGGGCCCUGAGUCCCAGUCGGUCUGGGAGGGAAAGUGACAAAAGGGGAUGCCAGCUGCCUCGCCUCCACCCCCCCCCCCCCCCCCCCCGCCCCAAGCUGGGCUCAGAGCCCAGGAACCUCUAUUGAGGCCCUUUCUUGCUUCCUUAUCUGGAAAAGGGGGGACUGCCUUCCCAUCCCAGCCUGAAACUAAGGUCCAUGUGAUACCACAGCCCCUGUCUGGGCACUGUAGGGGGGAAGUGGACCGGGAGGGAGCCCAAAAGCUCUGCUCAAGGCCCCAUUAUUGGCAGGAAUAUCCACAGGACUCCUGUCACCCCAGCAGGUCACAGGCCAGAUGCACAUUGGAGGCUCUCACCAUCCUGAGUGUCACUCUGUAGGCUGUGUCUGGGAAGCGGACACCCUAUGCGAUUGUGUGCGGGAUGAUCCUGACUGGGGGGGUCUCCUUAGGACCCCCUCACGUCACCCGGGGCCCCAGCCUCUCCGCAACCUCCUCUCCAUUGCCCAGGCUUGGCCUCGGGAAGUACACUGCCUCGGUGGGCUGGGGUGGGCCCCGGAGGAAGGAGCCGCUUGACUCUGAGUUAACAGGAAGUAGAGCGGGCGGGGCAGGGGCGAGAACCACCAACUGCGCGCCUGCCUGGGUGGGGUUGGGGGUCAGGAGAGGAUGUGACUGUAAAGCCAGGAAGCUGCAGGGAAAGUUCUGAUUAAAACACACACACAAACAAAAGGCAGGUCCUCACUGUGCUUGGCGAUGUGCUCUGGGGCUGCGGUGCUGCGGGCCGGACCUGGGGCCCAGCUGAGCACUCGGUUUGCUCCCAAGCAAGCAUCAAUGACCUCGACGACCGCCAUCCCCCCCCAGGAGGAGAGAGCCGGAACCAGCAGCCUCUGACCCCUCCUGGUGUCCUGACUGACCGGCCACAGAGACAGAGAGCCCCGGGGGACCAGUCUGUUCAGCCAAGGAGCCCUGAGGAGCUGGGGGGGUGGCACCAGUGCCCAGCCUGCCCCGAGAAGGCCCCGGCCAGACCAUGGCAGGUGUCUGUGACACGGCCCCCAACUUCCUCUCCCCGUCUGGAAACCAGGCCCUGGAGCCUGCCCUGGGCAGUGCGGUCUCCCUGAACUGCACGGCCUGGGUGGUCUCUGGGCCCCACUGUCCCCUGCCCUCAGUCCAGUGGCUGAAAGAUGGGCUGCCGCUGGGCAAUGGAAGCCACUGUGGCCUCCAUGAAGACUCCCGGAUCAAGGCCAACUCAUCAGAGGUGCUUGUGUCCAGUGUUCUGGGGGUCAACCUGACCAGUGCUGAGGACUAUGGGGUCUUCACCUGCUCCAUCCGGAAUGUCAGCUCCUCCUCCUUCACUCUUUGGAGAGCUGGCCCAGCUGGCCACCUGGCCGCAGUGCUGGCCUCACUCCUGGUCCUACUGGCCCUGCUCCUGGCGGCCCUGCUCUAUGUGAAGUGUCGACUGAAUGUGCUGCUCUGGUACCAAGACGCCUACGGGGAGCUGGAGAUGAACGACGGGAAACUCUACGACGCCUACGUCUCCUACAGCGACAGCCCCGAGGACCGGAAGUUCGUGAACUUCAUCCUGAAGCCACAGCUAGAGAGGCGUCGGGGCUACAAGCUCUUCCUGGAUGACCGCGACCUCCUGCCACGCGCGGAGCCCUCCGCCGAUCUCCUGGUGAACCUGAGCCGCUGUCGACGCCUCAUCGUGGUGCUGUCGGAAGCAUUCCUGGGCCGGGCCUGGUGCAGCCACAGCUUCCGGGAGGGCUUGUGCCGGCUACUGGAGCUCACGCGCAGGCCCAUAUUCAUCACCUUCGAGGACCAGAGGCGCGACCCCGUGCACCCCGCGCUCCGUCUGCUGCGCCAGCACCGCCACCUGGUGACCCUGCUGCUCUGGAAGCCCGGCUCCGUGGCGCCUUCUUCAGAGUUUUGGAAAGAGCUGCAGCUGGCACUGCCACGGAAGGUGCGGCACAGAGCCAUGGAGGGAGACCCCCAGACCCGGCUGCAGGGUGACAAGGACCCCAUGCUGAUCGUGCAAGGCCACCUGCCCGAGGGUCGCACCCUGCACCUGGAGCUGGACCCCGACCCUGAGGGGGACCUGGGUAUGCCCCCCUGGUCCCACCCCGACCCUGAGAAGCUUGGCCUGGGGCGGAGGGGGUGCACGGGGCUGAGGAGCCCAGAAAGGGGUCCAGGUGGCGGGACUUCCUCCCUGCAGCCCACCGGUGGGCUUGACCCCCAGCACACCCUCACUGCCUCUUUCCCGGAGGCACGCGGACCCAAGGCCUGCCUGGGAAUCUCCAGGACCUCAGAUGCCACUAUGCAGGAGGGUGUCCGAGGGCCCAUCUUUGGGGAGCCAUUAGCUCCACCCCAUGCAAGUGGGGUCGCCCUUGGAGAGGGCCGGGGCAGCGAGGUGGAUGUCUCGGACCUCGGCUCCCGCAACUACAGUGCCCGCACGGACUUCUACUGCCUGGUGUCUGAGGAUGACGUGUAGCCUGCACCCGCCGGAGCGUCAGGAUCACCAAGGACAGCUGGGUGCAGGGUGGGGUGGGGUUUUUCUCCUCUCAGCAGGACUACCAGCCAUGAGACCUUGAGGGAAGUGGGGGGACUCUAGUGUGCCUCCUUGCGCCAGAAAAUAAAGUCCUUUUAGAUCCUG